CGGCGGUUCGGAGCACACACCUCCGGCCAACCUCCCACGGCUUGUUGCGUGGCUUCUAGAAUAGCCGGCGAACCUUGAGCUCCCUUCGAGCUUCAAGCUUGGAGCUUCCCCCGACACCAUGUACGAAGACUCGUGGUACAACUUCGUGCCCGAGAUCACGGGCAAGAAGAGCCAUGCGAGCAGCCAAGGCCAUGGCCACCGCCGGAGGGAGUCGCUGCUCCAGCAACCCAACGGAACGGGUCCAACUGCUGACAUCGUCGUGCCCAUGCCAAACGUUUACGAGGACAUUGAGAAUACCAACACCCCGCCCGAAGCAGCAGUAAUCCGCCGAGCGAGCUCCUAUUCCGACUUCUACCGUGUUGUCCAAGAGCAGCUGUCCAAAGACGGAAGACCGCAGCGCAAGAAAUCGGAUAAGUGGAACAGAGGAUGGGAAGCUUUGGACCUCCCUGAUUCUGGCGCCGAAGCCGAAAGUCCUCAAAGUGCCGAAAGCAAGAACCUCGAAUCGUACGACGAGCAAUUGUUGGACGCAAGUCAGCAAGAAUAUCUCUUAUACCGGGAUCAGCUCACACUCACGGAGCGCCAUCUCGAUGGACUGAUCGACGAUGCCAAUGCGACCCUGAAGCUGCUCACGUCGCUCUCCCACUCGUUCCAGUCUGUGGAAGCCCAGACAUCGACCUUCCAGUCUCAGUGCGAAGACCUUCUUAAAGAGCAGAGGCGACUUGAGGACUUGGCUGAUGAUGUUGGAACCGACUUGCACUACUAUGCAUAUCUCGACAAUGCCACCAGGCGCCUCAACGCCCCUGGUGCGAGUCGCUUGGUCGAUGACGAUUCGUUCGGAGAGAUGAUUGAGAACAUUGAUGCCUGCAUCAUGUUCAUGGAAAAACAUGAAACGUACCGCGAUCGUGACACCUACCUUGCCCGAUACCACGCUCUCCUCACAAAGGCUCUACAUGUUCUCGAGCACGGAUACAAGACACGUUUGGAAAGGGUGUCACCCGAUAUUUCUCGACAAAUUGCUGCGACAAAAUCCGAUUCGGCACGCCAUGCCCUUGCCUACGGUCGUUUCCAGGAGAUGAUGCUCGACUCUUACGGCUUAAUCCCCAACGUUCGCCAGGUGAUCCGCCGCGCGUACGACUACUACGGCAAACCAAUUGAUUCUUGCACAAAUUUCGAGACGUAUGCGAAUACUGCGAAGAACAUCUUCUACACUCACUUGACAACCCGAGAUCGGGAUUUGAAGUUGAUGACGCAGGGCGACGUCCAAGAAUUCCAAAAGGAGGUCAAGAGCCUCUCCGCGGAAACAGCAUCACGAAACUUUAUUAAACUGUGCUUCGAGCGCAUGUACAGCGAAGAAGGUCUGCUCCUUAGGUUGUUUGAUGUGGAACCAAGGUGGAACGCAUCCCCGGAUUCAAUCUUCCAAUCUAUCAAAACCAUCAACACCAACAUUGCUCACCCUGGUAAUCUAACACCAAUGGUGACGAAUCUCCAACCCGUACUGCAGGCAGCAUCGUUACAAAUAACUUGCAAUGUAGUUGGAUGGCUGGCGAAUGAAUACUUUGGAGCUGAAUUCGACGAGGUUGAGUCACCUUAUUUUUCCAAAUGCAAGCAGUACACUUCACAAUUGCUUGUUAACCACCUCUGGCCGUUGACAGAUACUGCUUUCGAUGCGGAGGUCACCAAGUCGAUAACCAAGGCUGCGGCUCCGGAUACGUCGCUGAAGAUCGGCCCUGUGGUCGGAGGAGUGGCAUCAUCUAAUGCCCACCCGUUGGUGAAGCAGGCAAUCAAGUUGUUGGCCAUGUACGAACACUGUAUGCCCAAGGAGAGAGCAGCCACGAAUAACUCUAUCGUGUUUAAAAUUGUACGGGAGACGAUUCAAGUUCUCCAACGAGCAGAAGCAAGAAUCAAGUAUCUUAAGGCGGGCACAGACGCAGACCUGUUCAUGGUCAAGAACCUGCUCAUCGUCAAGAACGAAUUGGUGUCGUUGGAAAUUGGUGACAUCAGAAACCACACUGCAUCGAUGCAGCACUUUGGUCAUAUCUGGGACACGCUCAGCCCGCAAAACUGGGUUGGGUUCAUUUCUAAUAUCAUCGGAGGAUCACUGUGGUCACGAGGAACACCCUCGGUAACGGCCAAGUCGCUGACGGUUGAGGACAUGAAUGAGCAAUUGGAUGAGCUGCUGCGGCACUCGAUCUACGCCUUUACGCAGCGUUGGGGUACUCUGACGAACGACUCGCGCAAUAGGAAGACCGGCAUCAAGCCGAUUGCAAAGGUUGAGACGGAGUUGGAGACGAUCCUCCAGACGGCGUUCAGCAACCAGCCCGAGGUGGUGGGGAAGCUGAAGGAGGCUAUUGAACAGCAUGCUCAGGCGCAGAAUGAGGCCAAAGACAGUAAACAAGGCAUCAGACGGUACUAAAAGUGACGGGGAGCUACUAGCUACAAUGUAGGAGAUAUUGACUGUAGAUGGGCUUAGAAGAGAUGGAUGCGACUAGAAGUCGUUACCGUUGCAGCACCUGCAGAUUCUAGAAGAAGUCCAAACUCUAUGCCACGCUUAGAUACGUGAGCGAUGACUACAUAGGUAGGUACCAGGUAAUCUCUCUCGAAUGCUACCGCGCUAUGUAGCCGCGCUAGGUUAGCUCGCUGGAUGUUGCCGCGCUUUGAAUGUUUCCGCGCUGGGCCUUGCCGCGCUCUCUCUGACAUUGUUUUGACAUGGCGA